ACUCUUCAUUGAAAGUUAAUCUGCCUUUGCUACUUCGGUGAUGAACCUCUUUCAUAAAUUGAGUAACUGGUUACGUUUAAAACGUCAAGAGGCCAAUGUCUUGUGCGUGGGGCUCGACAACAGUGGGAAGUCAACAAUUAUUAACCAGCUGAAGCCAUCUUCUGCUCAGACUCAAGAUAUUGUGCCAACUAUAGGAUUCUGUGUUGAAAAAUUCAGCACUUCCAGCCUCACUUUUACUGUAUUUGAUAUGUCAGGACAAGGACGGUACCGGAGCCUUUGGGAACAUUAUUACAGGGACGCCCAUGCCAUAAUCUUCGUAAUUGACAGUGGAGACAAAGUGAGGAUUGUAGUUGCCAAAGAAGAACUGGAUAUGCUUCUUCAUCAUUCUGAUGUGAAACACAGGAGGAUUCCAAUCCUUUUCUUUGCCAACAAAUCAGACCUACAGGAUUCCUUGUCCUCUGUUAAGGUGUCUCAGAUGAUGGGAUUGGAUAACAUUAAAAAUAAGCCUUGGCAUAUUUGUGCCAGCAAUGCUUUGACAGGGGAAGGGCUGCAAGAAGGAGUUGAUUGGCUUCAGGAUCAAAUUCGUUCACUGAAAUCAUGAAGAAGCAAUGAAAGUGAGGGGCUAAGGAUGUGUUUGUUCUAAAGUGAUAUUUAAACAGAAUCACUUGCUAAAAAAUCUAAAGAUCAGGAGUACAAUUCCCAAGUCACUGCUCACCAGAUUUACUUUAUAUUGUUUUGGUUUUUCAUGUGUGCAGCAUUAGGAUUGUGCCGCUGAUGUUGCAUUUUAAUUUUGUAAUUAAUUUUCUAGUGACUUCAGUGAUGUCAUUUUGUGAAUGUGUUUGUUUUUUGUAUGGGAGAUGCCAGUUUGUGUCACUGCUCACAACGGGUAUCACCAUUUUGUGUGUCUGCUCACUAUAAUGCUAAGUAGUUGCUGGGCAUGUGAUCCAGUUGAGACAUGACCCAUGAUACCAUUGUGACCAUGUAAUAAAAGAUGGCUGCCUGCCUUGUGCAGUGUCCCGGCUUUGUUGUAAA